AUGGUUUAUCAAUUCCUUUUCUUGACUUUGGCAGCAGCGCUACCGGUGGCGCCAUCAUUUCAAACGCCAUCGUAUUUGCAGACCAACUCGAGUACCGGAUAUGUCACCUCAGAAUUAAGCAAUUACUAUGGGAAGUGGUUGAUGAACAUAACCAUUGGCUCACAGCAGAAGCAGUUUACGCCGAUUGCCGAUAGUGGAUCGCCCGAAGCGUGGUUACCUGAUUACGACGGUUGGGCGAAUGCGUCUACUUCGCUUGUUAACCUCAACCAGGAGUACCAGACCACCUACGUCAACUCAGCAGUUCAAGGAUAUUAUGCUGAGGACACAAUUUCACUUGAUAACGUGUCAUUGGAGAAGUUUCGCUUUGGAGUGGUCGACAAUCCCGAUGCUGGAGCAAAUAAUGUGGGUGUCUUUGGCUUGUCAAAGAAGAACGACAUAUCGUACGAUACAUUGCCAUAUGCUUUGAAAACAGCGGGCAAAAUACGACUGACGGUAGCGUCGAUUUAUUAUCGCCACUCUGCAAACAAAGGCAAACUUAUUUUUGGAGGAGUGGAUCAAUCUAAAGUGGGCUCACAUUGGGAGAGCCAUACUUCCACCGGUAGUCUGUGGGAUUUUCCUUUGGAAAAGAUGACAAUUAACGGAAAUGACGUUUACGUUGACACGAACGCUACCACCUUCAACACAUUCCUCGUCGACACAGGCACCGAAGUGUCGUUUUUCCCCACAAAGUUUUUGAACCAGUUGGCACCAUUGUUCAAUGCCACUCGGCAAGACAGUGGAUAUUAUGUAAUGCCCUGCAAUCAGCCCCCUGAUAGACUGUUUCUGAUAACCUUGGGAGAUCUGACUUACGAGAUACCUUUCAGCACCUUCAUAUGGCAGCCGUCCGGCUCCAAUCAGUGUUACUUAGGGGCAGGGGACUCGCUGAUAUUCAAUUUGAAUCUAUUGGGGACGACAGUGUUGAGUAACUUGUACGUGGCUUUCGACUACGACAACAGUGAAGUGAAACUCGCGAAAUUGCUCGACACCGACAUUGAGACCAUCGUGGCUUGGUAA